UGGUUGCCGUCUCCAAUGGGCAACUGACGGCGGACUUCCACCUGAGGGGUGUGACUGGAAGUGCCUCGUUCCAAGUGAGCGGCACAAACGUGAAUGUCGUUCUCCAACUGUCGGAGGCACUGGGCGUGUCUCGGGUGUCCUUGAGGCCCAUCUGGGUGAACUAUGACCUUCAGGAUGCCUGUGCAGAAAGCGCUUUAGGAGCGGCUGUAUGGAUUUGUGCCAAUAUAGAGCCCCAUGAAGAAGUUGUCGCUGCAGUAGCCACCUUUAAGUACCCUGUGAUUGGCCAUGCUGUCUUUGUACAAGCUGCAAACGAUCCCAGUGCAGACACGUCAAUCUCUUUACAGCUGGACUAUAAUGAUGGCCGACCCGGCUCGCUGGGACAUCGAUGGAGAAUAAAUGCCAACCCUCCAGGUGAUGACUUUUUGUCAGAGAAUGUUGCUGAUAGAUGUGCUUCAACAGGAUCUACCUAUAACCCCGGGAACUUGUGGCAACAGCUAACAGAAGGACAAUACAGUCCAUAUUGUAACCGUAUGAAUCAGCUGAGCUGCAAAGAAGGCGAUCUGUAUCCCAGACUUGGUGAAAUAAACAUUCGCACAAAUGAAGGAAUAUCAACAAAAUACUUCUUCACAGACAGCAACACUGCACUGUCUGGCCAAAAUUCGAUCAUUGGUAAAUCACUGGUGAUCAUGAGUGCAGAUGGAUCGGUAAUUUUAUCUUGUGCAGAAAUUAUGCCGCUCCGGGCUCCAAAACUUGUAGCUCGGCUUCAAGGCGGAGCUGUUACGGGGUCAAUAACUUUUCAGCAAAAGCCUGGGGUAGGAGCCCGAUCAACAAUUGUGUCCAAUCGACUGACAGGACUUACAGCUGACCACAGACUGAAGAUUUUGACACUGCCACCAACUGAUGAUGGAAAUCCGUGUUCUAACAUUGGUGGUUUAUUCAAUCCUUUGGCUGUUGUGAGAAAUCAAGCAAGUCCAAUGACAGACAUGGACUUUGAGAUAGGACACAUAUCAACACCUCGGACAGAUUGGACAGACAGCAACCUUCAACUGACUGGUGUAACAAGCAUCUUGGGGAGAUCUUUGGCUGUUUAUAAUGGUGCCAACAUCGAAUCCUGUGCCAAGAUAGAAGUGCACUACUACCCUGGAGAGGCAAAACCUGUUAGUGCAGUUGUUACGUUCACAGGCAGGGUACAGGGAACAGCCCAUCUGUCUCAAACCAUAUUUGAAGAUGGAACAAUGAGUGAUACUUCCAUUGUGCUGAAUUUUGUCAACUCAGAUGGAGCUUGGACCCCCAGACACAACUGGCAUGUUCAUGUUAGUCCAAUCUACGGGGAUGCCAACGCUGUGGAUAAGCCUUGUGCAAGUGCUCUGGGACAUUUUGAUCCAUACAGAGCAUUUGCUAAUGAGAUGAACUACAAAGAGGAAUGCAAGCGGACAAAUCCUCUGAGAUGUGAGGUCGGAGAUCAGGCCAAAAAGGUUGGAGUCUACGAUGUUGGAGGUGGACGAAAUGCUUACACUGAUAUAGAUCUGCCCCUGACAGGAAAAUUUUCAGUUCAAGGAAGGUCUUUGGUUCUCCACGUAAGAGAUCAGGGAGCCCCUCGACAGGCCUGUGGGGACAUCAUUCCCAUCACAGACGAAUCUGUUCCUCUGGAGUUCUCAGCCUCAGCAAACCUUGACAAGCGUGCAGCAGCCCGCGUAUAUGCUGCAGCCAUCAGUGCAGAUCCAAGUGAUAUUGUUGUGGAAGUCAUUGGACAGGUCGCUGGUGUGACCAAAGCUCGUGUGCAUUUCACAGGUCUGCAAAGAAUGAUGUUGCGCACAAGAUUCAUCGAAUUCAUUUCAAAUGAGGAGAAUAGGGACCUUUUGGGAGCUUAUGCCCCUCACAUAAAUUCAGGAAAUCCAGGUAUGACAACACUGACCUACACUUUACUCCUUCUCCUGGCAGCUGUGCAUUUGAUGCUCUAUCACAGACUGUAACAGAAAACUUGAGAGAUAAAAUAGACUAAAUCCAAUUAAUCUUAUUUGUUGGAAGCAGUGACAUUCAUCUGUUGUGAGGGCGAACUGGUACGGCAAAUUCUAUAAUAUCAAAUGAUAGGCCUUCCUGUUUGGCAUUUGUUACAGAGUUUUUCUAUUUUAAUUUUCCUGAACUUAUUCUAUGAAUUGAGUUUGUAGCAGCUCUAUAUCCUUCUCUGGGCAAACAUUUUGAUGAACUAAUAUUUAUCAGAUAAGUUGUAGUAGAAAAGGGGUUAGAAAUUAUUAUAUAAACUUGAGUGUCUGACAAAAGGAAUUAUGUAUCGGCAAAUUUUUUUAAUAGAGAUAAAAGUACAUGUAGUUUUAUAUACUUAAGUUUUCCAGUUCUGAAUCAGCUGGUUUUUUAAAAAAUUUUCAGAUGACGACAUUUUGAAUACUUUUGGAGAUUUAGCAGGUUUUGUUAGACAAGUUACAAAAAUAAAGUAAAAAGACCAAUCCAGCUUAUAAUUUGAAUUUAAAUUACUUUGUUUUUCUGAUGGAACUACAUUUUUUUACCUGUGACCACUCUUACACCUUUGUAGGCCUCCAGCUCAAAAUUGUCUUUGCCAGCAUAUGGGCCCUUUUGUCAGACAAACAACCACAUACAGAUAUGGGAAGGCAGAAAAUCUGUUAAAAGAAUGAUGCUGCAGGAAAUAAGUUGUGAAUUUGAUGGUCUUUUUUAAAGACAGCCUUGUUCUAUGAUAAUAUGCUUACAAUCUUUAAGUGAUACAAAUGUUUGUGUAUAUAAUAUCAUAUGUAUAAUAUUGAUCUCUAAGUUUGUGUUUUGAACUCUACUAUGAUCACUGAUUAGAACUGCAUUCUCAGAUAUCUGAAAUCCAACAGUGCAGUGGUAAUCGAGGGAGACACGUUUAGUUUUGUUAUACAUGUAUUAUUACUUUCUACACAGAGUAUAUCUAUUCUUCUUUCUGAGUGGUGCCUCUUUACAUUGCAACAAUUCAUAAUCAAUUUCUUUGCAUGAAAUGUUUUGUUGAGCUUGUGUGCUGUGUGCUAUAUAGCCUAUUAUAUGAACAUGAUAAUACCUCGAAACAUAUAUCUCUCAGCUUUACUGUAAAUCCAUUCCAAUUGGUUAUCUUUCACCAAGGUAGCCUAUAUAUAAAUUUACUUGAUGGUUGUAAUACAGAGAUGUAUAAUGUUUGUACAGCAUAUUAUUCUCAUACUGCCCAAUUAUUAUGAAUCUCUCUUUUCAAGAUGACUCUUUGUCUUUCAAUAACAUUUACGGCAUAGUUCAUUGAUAUUAAUGAAUGGUCUCCUCUUCCUACAAUAUAGGCAUACAUGUACAUAUUUUCUUUAGCUUAGACUCUUUCACUCGAACAAGUUUUUUUAUACCUCUUAGACUUAGACUAGAUUGAUUGUGAUUACAGACACCUUUAGAAUUAUACGUAUACCCCUCUCAACACAAUGUAGAUAGUUUAGGGGGCAGGACACUUCAACUUCAACCCUGUCUUGUCAUAGCUGACCCAUCCUGAGUGGGACACAGACUGCAACUUGUAGAAAAAUGUAGAGUUGAUAAUAUUCAAGGAUUGCAUUCACGUUUUCUGUGCAAUGUGAAUAAGAAAUGCAUUGAACCUCUUCUUAUUUGAAUUUGCCAAUGGGGAACCAGGUGUUCCACCUUCUUAACGAUUUGCAGUGUGAAGCAAAGCAAAGAGAAUAUAGUCAGGCUGGACAGUUCACUUAUACCAUUGGCUCUAACAAUCAUGAGUUUAAUUUUCCCAUAGAAUUUUAGCAAGGUGGACCAUAAGAAAAACAGAUGUAAUUUAUCAUGUUAUAAUGAUGAAAUUUCUUUCUUUAAUCAGAAUCCUAUUCCGAUUUACAAUAAAAUUGUUUUGCCUAAAAAUAACCCCCGAUAA